CCUACAAUGUCCCGUGCCCUGGUUUGGCUUUGCUUUGUGAGUUCGUUGUGCUCCGGAAUCUACGAGGUUAAAGGUUCGCUCUGGUACGAACUGAUCACGCACCAGCUGGAACGUAUCGAGGAAAAACUAACGGAACGGAACAAUGUCACCCAGGCAAGAAUCGAUAACCUAACGAAAAAUGUUGAAACUGACAAUUUGAAUUUGCUCGACCGAAUCGCCAAAUUGGAAACGACCAUGCUGUCGAAGCAAAGGUCCAUGGAGAGCCAAUUGAAAGGCAUCGCGGCAAGUGUUUCCACUUUGAACAACCAAACCGGACAAAUUCUUAAAAAUCACUUUGAUUUGGUGAUUCCUUCGUGCGGCAUGGCCAAAACAACCGGCGUCUACAGACUGCAGGCUCCCAACAUGGACGUGUUCUGCGAGUCGAGCGGAGGUGGCUGGCUGGUCAUCCAGCGACGAUUCCAUGGCGAAACGAACUUCUAUCGAACCUGGUACGACUAUCGCACCGGAUUCGACACCGUCCGGGCGCACUCCGAGCUCUGGAUGGGGCUGGAACCGAUUCACCAGCUGACAGCCGGCGGACAGUACGAGCUGUUCGUGUACAUCGAAAAUGAACUCCAGCAGGGCAGACAUGCCAGAUACUCGGAGUUUAAAGUAUCGGAGGAAGCUGACGGGUACAGACUGACCGUCGGUGGAUACUCCGGAACAGCGGGCGAUGCGUUGAGCUCGCACAAUGGAGCUAAAUUUUCCACAUCCGAUGUCGACAACGAUCGCAACGGGACGAUGAAUUGUGCCGAUGAGUUGCGAAGUGGGUGGUGGUUCACCGAUUGUGGAGCUAGCAAUCUCAACGGGUUGUUCAAAAAGGCUAGCAAUGGCUACGGUAUCGCGUGGGGUUCAUGGACGAAAGCCGGAAGGUACAGCAAAAUGAUGAUUCGCCGUAAAUGAGCUAGCUUAAGUAAAACUUCUAUAACUAUGUAACGAGUUUUAUGAAAUUGCGAAAAAAAAAUCUAAACUCGUACUUCACAAAUCACAUUUUUCGUUUAUUGAGCAAUUCCAGCUCAAAUCAGGAAUUUUUCUGGUACUUUUGUACCCGACCCUCUCCGAUUUCAAUGAAACUUUUUAGACAUGUUAUCCUAGGCCUAUAAUAGUAGUUUAUGCAACAAGUUGCAAAAACAGGAUUUUUUCAGCACGAGUCGUACAUUUAUCCAACGAGGUUCACCGAGUUGGAUAAAUACGACGAGUGCUGAAAAAAUCAAGUUUGCAACGAGUUCCAUACAACAUUUUUUGCAAUUCCGAAAAACACCCAUUGAGUGAAAUUUUAAGUCAAAUUUUCAUGUAUUUUGUCAAUAAAUCGUUUAAAUCCUAAAAAUGUUGAAA